AUGGCCCUCGCUAUUGCCGUUUGGAGUAUCGCUGCGAAGCCUGGAGAACCGACGGCUUUCUCCCCCGCGGGCGACCUCAGGAUCACGAACGUCGCACUGGGCGACCAGCUCGCGGACGAGACCGGUCGUACGGUCCUCAAGCUCGUUUACCAAACUGCAGGCGCUCCUGAGGAGGACGACGAGGAUGAGGAAUCGGUCGAUAUUGAACCAGUAACUUCCACGGUGAUCUGCUCGCUCACCCCCGGCAAGAUUGAGCAAGCGACCGUGGACCUGGUCCUUGAGGGCGAGCAGGAUUAUCUGCUGGAGAUCGUUGGCAAAAACACCCUCUAUCUGACUGGAAACUACAUCGACCAGAUGCCAUCUGACCAGCCGCCAUAUGAUGAUGAAUCUGACCUGGAAGAGGACGCGUUCCAUCUCGACGAAGUGAGCUCAGAUGUCGAGGUCCAUCCGGAUGAGAUGGACAUCGUCAGCGAACCCGAGGCACGUAUCGAAGAGAUCCACUCCGGUGCGGAAGAGGGAGCAGCGAAGGAGAAGGCUCCGAAAAAGGACGCAGGCAAGAAGCGUCCCCGCGAGGAGGACGAGGCCGACGGUGCCCCCGAAAAGAUCUCAAAAGCCGAGCGCAAGAAGCGCAACAAAAAGCUGAAGGCCGAGGGCGGCCAAGCAGUCGCUCCCCCCACCGAGGAGAAGCCAGCGGAGAAGAAGGAGAAGAAGGAAAAGAAGGAAAAGGUGAAGGUGAAGGGUGUUGAGGGCGAAAAGACUGAGGGCAAGAAGGAGAAAGGUGAGAAGGAGAAGGGCGAGACGAAAGUGCUUGAGGGUGGCGUCAAGAUCUAUGACCACAAGGUCGGCACCGGCCCUCAGGCAAAAAAAGGCGACCGCGUCGCCAUGAGAUAUAUUGGCAAGCUGGAGAACGGGAAGGUAUUUGACCAGAACUCGAAAGGAAAGCCUUUCUCAUUCCACUUGGGUGGCGGGGAGGUCAUCAAAGGGUGGGAUGUUGGCAUUGUUGGCAUGCACGUCGGCGGCGAGCGCCUGCUCACCAUUCCUGCUCCUAUGGCAUACGGGAAGCAGAAACAAACCGGUAUCCCUGCGAACUCUACUUUGACCUUCGAGGUCAAACUGGUUGGGAUCAACUGA